CUUUAUAGUUCUGCCUGCCUCUCUAUGCGUGGUUCAGAAUGAUGUUAUCUCGAGACACGUUCGUCUGUUCUGACAGUUUCCGUUUCCUCUAUUACACAAUGAAGCGUGAGACAUAGAACCACUGCCGAAUGCUUCCAAAGAGCAUGAUCACAAUGCUUUAAUUACAGGCUCUGUUACUUGAAGGGGUGGAUGUCCAGACUGGAUGAACAUGGCAAGUGGAGGAAACACUGGUUUGUUCUGGGUGAUACUUCGCUGAGGUACUACAGAGACUCGGAGGCUGAGGAGUCAGAUGAUCUGGACGGAGCGAUCAACCUGGCAUCCUGUUUAAAUGUGUCAGACUGUGACGUAGAGAAGAACUAUGGACUCCAAAUACAAACAAAGAGAGCAGUGUUCACUCUCUCUGUUAUGACCUCCAGAAUACGGCGGAACUGGGUGAAGUUACUAAAGCAGGCGAUCCAGAACACCACGUGCCAAUCAGACACUGGCAGCGUGAAAGAGAACUCCAUCUCCCGGAGACCGUCGUCAUGCCAACCCCCUGCUCGGUUCAUCUGCAAGGAUUCAGACUAUGAACCUACCACUUCCACCUCCAACACCACAGCUGCAAACUCCCAUCAGGCCGACUACCACCAGCACACUGUAGACAGGGAUCUGGACUCAUCUCCAUCCAGUCAGAGAGAAGAAGGGGAGGGCUGGGACCGCGAGCAAGCCAAGCGAUUGGAGGAAAGGAACAAGUGGUUUGAGGAGGGGGUCCCCUUCAGUGAGAUGGGCAGCAGGUGGGACUCCAUGGAGCUGAAAAGGGGGAGUGUUCCUGUGCCUGUAAUUGAAACCAUGGACUCAGACGUCAACAGGAAGUGGGUAGAAUUUGAGACGUUGUCAUUUAGGGACAUAAGCGCACAGUCUCUCAUUGGAGCCCAGGCUCAUCACUCAAGCACCCCACAGGCAUCACAGUCUCUCGUUAGCACCCAGACGUAUCAAUCGAGCCCUGAAGAGGCCAAACAGUCUGUCACCGGUUCACAAACUGAUAUAGCAAGCUCAAAUGGGGCUCUUUCAUCCAAAAAUGGAGCUCCAACCAUUCAAACAAAUGAAGCUGAAGCGCUUCAAAAGGAGGCCCUCUCACUUCGAAAGCAAGUGGAGAGCAUUAAGAGGGAGCGUGCAACCAUGGGGAUAGAGGUGGACAGCCCAUGUGGCCCCGGGGCACCCUGCAGGGACAGACUAGAAGCCAUGGAAGUAGCCCAUCGGAAAACACUGCAGGAGCUGCAGGAGAAACACGUGAGGGAGAUCAGGGAGCUGGAAGAGCAGAGAGACAGGAUGCUGCAGGAGGAGAGCCAGACAGCUGCUAAAGCAAUGGAGGCACUGAGAGCAGCUCACAGAGAGGAGCUGGAGAGAGAGGUGGAGAAGGCCAGGAGGUUGGCUGGAGGAGCUGCACAGGCUGAUGUUUCAUACAGAGGCCACAUGCCACAGGCGGAUGUCUUGCACAGUGAGUUAGAUGUGCUGUCAGAGCGCUACUCUCAGAAGUGCCUGGAGCUGAGCCGCACUGAGCAGAGCAGCCAGGGCCAAGAGACUGAGCUCGGUCGCAAGGAGAGAGAGCUGGAGCAGCUCAGAAGAGAGAACCAGGAGCUUAAGGCCAAAGUGGCGGAAGAGAUCAGCCGCAUGCGUUAUUUCAUCACAGGGCAGAGGUCGGACACGGUAUCCCUUGGCAACACUGAGCGCAGUGCGUCAGAAGUAGAGACAUUACUGAGAGCGAAAGACAAUGAGGUGCAGUACCUUAAAAAAGAAAUCAACUGUCUACAGAAUGAAGUGCAGUCUCUCACCAAGGAGAAAGAAGCAGCUUAUGAGCGUUAUAAGAAGGCCUAUGUAGAGCUGAGUGACACGAGGGGUCGUAGCCAGUUGGAGACGGACUCCCUCAACGAACACUUGAGACUGGCCAACGCUGCACUUCAGGAGGGAGCGAGACAGACCUGACCAAUGAGGACAAUUGUUAAAAACUUACCUUGAUGACAGCAAGCCAACAUAAAAAAAAAUUACAAAAUACCACAACUAAAUCAUUACAUUGCAAUAACAUGUACUGUUAUGACUGGAUAUGACUUAAAAGAGUUAGACUAAGAAUGAUGGCAACUAUUAUGUACUUGGAAACCACUGUGCAAAGACUGUUUAGCCACCUACACAUGAUCCGCGGUAAACUGCUCUGCGCUGGCUGUUCUAUUGUUUUCCUGUGGGCAGAGCAGUGUCGCCCAACUAUGCGCUCAAAGUUAAAAUUAUUUCAACUUUGACCUCGUUGCCGCUGACCUUUCAAGGCGCAACCAAUUCCAGAACGUUACUUCGCUGUGCUUCGCCUCGCUGCUCCGCGUCCUACCGCGAAUCAUGUGUAGACGGCUUUAAGAUUAAAUAACAAGUGUUUA